UCCAAGUCGGGACCAUCUCAUCUGCAUCUCCGUUGAGAGGGAGGGAGCGAGCGAGUAGGGAGGGAGAGGCAAUGGCGGCGAUCUGUAUGCUUAACAGGUCGCUAAAUCUCUAUCAAUGUUUCCGGUGCUCCUCCUCGUUGGACGUUGCUUCUGAUGCGAUGGCGGUGGCAGUGGUCGGGAGAAAAGGGAAGAUGAAUAAGCCGCGCUUGCCCCCCAUCAAUUGCAGCGCCCCCUUGGAACGGAGUCCUGAAAUCCAGCAACAACUUCUGACCGAGGAGGAGGCCCAAGAGGAAUUUGGAAUUCUGUGUGAACCCUGCAAUGGCAGAGGAUGGCUGCUGUGUGACUUUUGUGAAGGCAAGAAGAACAAUGUGAAGGCCGAGAAUAGUCGAAUUUAUCGACGUUGCCCGACCUGCAAAGCUGUAGGCUAUAUUCUAUGUUCAGAAUGCAAAGUUUUCAAGUGCAUUACGUUCCCAGACUAUUCUGAUGGUGAGCUAUGAGUGUUUACAGUAGACUAGAGAUUGUUCAACAACUAAACAACAUAGAGCACAAAGCAGGUCAUUCUGCUUCCAUCAAAUCGACAAGGGAUGGUAAGGAACUGCUGUCUGUAUUGCUUGUUUGUGUUAUUCCAACCAGUAACAUGUACGUUAAGGUGAAUUUUUAACAUGUUAAUUUAAUAUGCUAUGUUUUGAAAAUUCCCAAAGUGAUUGGAAGUUUGUAAA